UGUCCCGACGAAGGCUCGAAUGAUGUCAUCACAGGACAAAGAUGAAGUUCUGGUGGUUCUCUAUGUGGAGUGGUCAAACGACAAUCGACCAAGGUACUUUAAAGAGCAUCUACAGCGAAUUCUCCAGGUGUGGUUCAACAGAAACAUAACUGGAGCAGACUGCACCGUUUUGAAUGCCUCAACAGACAGGAGAGUUGUGGUGAAGAUUACACCUGCUCGAGUCCUGAAUCAACUUCGAAAAUUGACAGGACAAACACUGAGCAGCGACGAUGGGAGAGCAGUCACAAUAACGUCUGUUAGUCUGACUCAGCCAGAGCUCGAGACAGAUUCUUCACUGAACUUUACUCCGUCAUUCGUGUCAGAGCCACAUGAUGUGGAAGUACAAGUGGAGGAACAAAAUAGUGACAUGUUAACAUGUACUUGUAAUAUCCCAAUGCACCAUUUCUGGUAUGUGAACCAGGCCUACAAGGAGGAAAUUCAAUGUAUUGAGAAAGAAAGUGGAGUUAAAAUCAUUGCAGAGGUGAAGCUGACGUUUAAAGCAGACCAGAAAGAUGGAAGUCCAAACUAUGCUUUCUCUGAGUUCAUUAACCUUGUCCAGAAGUGCUCAGGUGAAUCCAGGGGCUUCACCGUUCCCCUUAAGAAAGUGAAUCCAGAAGAUUGGAAGGACACAGUGAAUAUCAUCCAGAGAAAGGACAACAAGCUUUUGCUUACUGUAUCCUCUGAAGAAAUGACCGUAUGUGGGCCAAGACAAAGUCAAGAUGCCAUCAGAAAGUCCUUAAACGCAACAGCAAAUACCAGCACUUUUGUUGGAGAGUCUCAAGAUACAUCACCAAACAUUGACAUGAGCAUCAAAGACCCUCUUGUCGAUGCUGGACUAACCAUGGAGGAGAACUACUGGAGGCUGAUGACUACUUCCUUCAAUAAGCAAGUAGCUAAGAUCAAAACUAAGUUUGCUGUGGACUUUAAAGAAUCGAGCACCAGUCAGGGCAAAGUCAAAGUCAAAGUUUGCUACAAAAAAUCUGGAGGGAACGCAUCAAUGGAGAGCCACGCUGUCAGAGCUCUUCUCCAUCUGUACCAGAAGGUUGCCACAUCACCUCUGAGCUUGUUCCGAUAAAAUGGUGCCUUUGGGCUCACUGGGCUCACGGGUUGCUUUGAGGUGUGCCAGACAGCAUUUACAUCUGAAGAGUUUAUGGUUUAGCAGAAUGUACUAUGUUUAACUUUUUAAAAUGAUGGAUUUCAUCAUUAUUUUGUUGAUUGCUAAAGGUUCUCAACUAAUAACAGAAUAACAAUUACAUUUAGAUAUACAUUGAACUUUAUGUCUACAGUACACAA